AUGGCCAAAAUAGAGAACGGCCGUCAAUCGGUGGACACAAGAAGUAUCAGGACUAUUAGCAGCAGUCACAUUGACGAUGAAAGCUCUUUGGGAUCAGACUCGGAGAUCAAUGGAUUCACCAGCGACAGACAAACCGAUAAAUAUGGAUUCAUUGGUGGGGCACAGCAGCAUACGGAGGAGUCAGCUCAGGAUUUGCCUCCCCAGGUGCUCAGGCAAAGGGAGGUGAAGUGGUUGGACAUGCUCAGCCACUGGGACAAGUGGAUGAUCAAGAGAUUCAAUAAGGUAAGGCUGCGGUGCCAGAAAGGAAUCCCUCCUGCUCUCCGAGGUCGUGCAUGGCUCUACCUGUCAGGGGGGAAGGUGAAGAAAGAGCAGAACCAAGGGAAGUUUCAGGAGCUGGAUAGCCAGCCUGGGGACCCCAAAUGGGUCGAUGUGAUUGAGAAAGACCUCCAUCGACAGUUUCCAUUCCAUGAGAUGUUUGUGUCACGGGGAGGACACGGGCAGCAGGACCUGUUCCGUGUUCUUAAGGCUUACACUCUGUACAGACCAGAAGAGGGAUACUGCCAGGCUCAGGCUCCCAUUGCUGCUGUGUUGCUUAUGCACAUGCCUGCUGAGGAUGCCUUCUGGGGGCUGGUCCAAAUCUGUGAGAAGUACCUUCCUGGCUACUACAGUCCUGGCUUGGAAGCUAUACAGUUAGACGGAGAGAUCCUGUUCGCUCUGCUGCGACGUGUCUCUCCGCUAGCCUUCCGCCAUCUGGAGAAACACAAGAUCGACCCCAUCCUCUACAUGACUGAAUGGUUUAUGUGUGCCUUCUCCAGGACACUGCCCUGGGCCUCUGUGCUGCGUGUCUGGGACAUGUUCCUCUGUGACGGAGUGAAAAUAAUCUUUCGUGUGGGUUUGGUGCUGCUGAAGUGUAUGCUGGGGACCCGGGAGAAGCUGAAGGCUUGCCAGGGACAGUAUGAAACCAUGGAGCUUCUCAGGGCCAUCGAGACUCGAUACAUGCAGGAGGGCUUCCUCGUCCGAGAGAUUCUAGAGGUGCCAGUGACAGCACGAGAUGUGGAAAGGGAGCAUCACACCCAGCUGAAGCGCUGGAAGAAGAACCGCGGAGAGCUGAACUUCAAAUCCCCCCCAAGGAUGCACGGCGCUCGGAUCAUCAUGUUGGCCGAGCCGCCAAGGCGCCAGGACCUGCAGCAGAACCCCACCAUCGUACUCGAGGUGCCUCAGCCCACGCCGCAGCUGAAGAAGGGCAAGGAGGAAAAGAAAAGCAAGAAGAAGAAGAGCAUGAAGAAAUCCCAGCAGGUUGUGGAGAUCCCUAAUCCUUACUCUCUUCCCACUGACGUUCCACCGCCACCUUCAGAGCCACCAGCUCCACCUCUGGUCAUCAGUGAGACGCCACAAACUGUGCCACAAACUGUGCCACAAACUGAAACAGACCCACUUCACCAGCAGCAAGCACCUCCUACAGACCUUCCCCCUGCCAAAGAAUCUCCUCUUCAGCGAUCCACACAAAGCCUUAGCAGCACAGAGCAGGAUACAUACCUGUAGCUCUACAGCAGUCAGUAUGUGUGAGCGUGUGUGUGUGUGGAUGAAGCACCAGCACCCUUCAACAAACCACCAGCCAGCCUUGCCAAGGUCUAUUAUUCUAAUGUUGGACUGUUUUUGUAUUCAUUUAUUCAUUGUAGACACCAUUUUGCCUAUGAUAUUAUUGAUACACACUAAAGCAUCUUUGUUACGUGUAAAACUACGUUGAUGCCUACGCCAUUUUUCCAUUUGAAGCUGAUGUUACCGCCUGUUGAUGCUUGAUGCUCUCAUUCAGACCUUAAAGGUGCAGUCAGUCUAAUCCAGUACACUUUAUGUCACAUCCAGCAAAUACCUCCUCACGGUCUGUGUUUGCACUGGGGGAACAAAUCUAGUGUGCAUACGCAGCCCUGACUCUGUAAGUGGUAAACAAAGCAAGCCACAACACUAUUUUAGUCAAUCUGCGAUAGGUGCGUUUGUGCUUGUGCACAGGACAGGAGAAAGGCCAUGGAUGUGAAAGGAGAUACAUGCUAAUAUGCUGAACUCCAUAGCUCGAAUAUCCUCCAGAAUUGCUGACUCCACCUUCAAGUCUUACGCUUCAUUUAUUCUUUUACGUCUGCGCCUAUGAGCCUAUGAGGAGCUGGUGCUGGCACCCUAUGUGCACCCCCAGGCACACAUAGUAUCGCAGCAGAUUGCUUGCAGUUUCACACAGGAGUGUUGGGACCAGAAGUGCGUGGAAACCCCACCUCCUUGUACUGAUGUCCUUCUGUAAUGUCUGUGGGAGCUCUGCGCAGGCUUUUCCACAGAAGUAUGUAUUAGGCAUUAGUAUUCCGUUUUCAAGGGAGACAUGUUACUGUUAUUGGGAGCAAAGUCAUUUCCUCAGUGCAGUGUGGUUUCAAGGUUUAAAUGGGACUUCAGAGGUCUUAAGCCAUUAUAUUUCAUUAGGGGUUUUGUCCACAAGAGGGCAGCAUGGCAGAGGUUUCAGCUGUUACAUUCCCUGUUAGUACAGCUGAUCACAGCAGGCAUGGGAUUCACUAACUUUGGGAGGUAUUAUUCUGAGAUUGAGCUUCUGUUUUGUUUUGUUUUUCCAGUUAGGAAACUUGUGCAUUUCAUGUGUUAUAUUUUCAUUCUUUGAAUUGCAAAUCAUCUUCCUGAAUCCACGAGUGAGUCACACCACACUGUGUUCAUUCCAGUCUUUUCCUACAAGCACUAUUUAUUGAAAGAACAGUUGAAACAUGAAAUUUGUUGUUUGUGCAUGCCCUGCUUGUACACAAAUGGUCACUUUUUUUGCAGAGCCUGUUGAAUUGAUGUGGUUUAUACUCCGAUAAUCACUGUGCCAGGCACCUCCAGCCACUUUAAAGCAGCAGUAAUUCAUGUUACUUUGGCAGCAGAGAGGAGAACGCUGGACAUUCCUCACUGUAUGACACAUUCCUGCCUUGUUAAAAGCUAAUCAGUCUGAGAGAUGUCUCUUGCCAAAUGCAAAUCUGUAUAAGGAAUGUGUUUGUGCAUGUGUUUCCUGUGACAUCUUGGCCAGUGAGUGCUUGCAAAUCACCUAAUGGUGCUGACCUUCCUUUUGGUGUUACUUAAAUAUCCAAUUGGUGCCAAGAAGAUCUUGUGGUGUGUUGGUUCAGUUUUGUUUUUAAUAUUUUGCUAGAAUUUCCAAAGCAGAUCAAGACUGUGUUGUUCUGAGAUGACCUACGACUGCUACCGGUGACCAGGCUUAUUUUCUUAGUACAGUCAAGGAAUCAAGUGAUUUCAAGGUUUUUUCAGAGGGUUAUUCGUAGCAUUUCUCCCUGGUUUAUUUCUUUGGGAAAUAUGGAAACAUGCAGGGGUUAUGUGGCCUUCUUUUCUGUCAGAACAUAUUGGACAAUCUUUUUUUUUGUGACAGUUCAUCUGUUUUCUAACUUUCAUAACAAUGAUAAAAGGUAAAGGGAGUUUUGACAAACAUGGGCACACGUGUAAGAUGUGUUUGUGUAUAUAAUUAUAUAAAAAAAAAGUCUGCUAAAAAUGCAUGUUGGGUCAGUUAUAAAAAGCAACGGGGUUUAAAAGGAUGACACAAUUUCAAGCAGCCACGUGCCUGUAUGCAAUAGUUUUUUAGUUGCUUAUUAUACACACCUCACUUUUUGCAGAUAUUUUAAUUUAAUGCUCAUUGUGUAGAUACGACAUGUAAAAUAACAAUUUGUUUUGUAAUGAAAUCUAUUUUUCAGUGUAUAAUGCUAUAUUUUAUUGAGCAGUCAGAAACUGCAGAGGGGACAUCUCUAAAUCAACUCAAGUGUAGGACAAUUUAUUUUAGAUCAAUAUUUGUAACACUAGAAAAAUCUGAAAUUUGGGAGUAACUUUUGCAAGUGAAAAUGUUUGUCUUACUCUGAAGACGGAUUGGUAUUAUUUUACCAUCACAUUAGGAUAAUAAAAGAGAUGUUUGACAACCAUGGGGCAGUAUGCAUCAUCAUGAGUUUAAAUUUUACAAAUAAAUUUUUGUGUAAAGCCAA